AUGUCAGAAAUAGACAAUGUGCCAACAACAGCUGAGAGCCAUGCAAAGGAAUCAACACGACCCCAGACAGUGUCACUUACCAAACUACGACACAAAAAUGAUAGUUCUGAGGACAAUACAAGUAUUGGAAAUGCAUUCUUCUCAAAAAACGAUGCUGGUGUUGAAAGUGUGGACAUUGAUGUGACACCCAAGGUUUGAAAAAUUAAUACGCAUGACAAACUGUCUGGCAAUAUCAGACUGAGUAAGAUAAUUCAAGUAUGACAGUCAUUGUAUCUUAAUGGAUCCUAUCAAGAUUUCUAUAUUGGAUUUAUUGCUGUACUACCUUCUAUCUUAACUGCAGUGCUUUGUGAUCAGACAUGGCACCUGCUCAUGUAUCAGCUUUGCCCCUUUCAGUAAAGCACAACUUUAUACUUUCAUCGAAUAUUUUCUGUUAAUGUUUGCCUCUUUAAAUUAAAUAGUCUUUUGAUUCUCUCUAAGGUCCAAGAUACUAAUGGCAGCCAGGAUGACCACAGCACAAGCACCAAUAGUCCAAAACCGAGACCGAAAACUGUAACAAAACACCGAACAGAUGGCUACCAGCAAUGCCUUGUUGAUAUAGGCGCUGUGGAAUCAAACACACCCAAACCUGCCCAAGACCAAACAUUGUCGCCAAAACCAAAAUCUGAGAAAUGCUACAUUUGUGGAAAGGAAUUCUUGUUAUCAUCACUAAAAAUCCAUGAAAAACAAUGCGCAAAGAAACGUGAAAAAAUGUCAAAAAUAAACAAUGACAAAUCUUCAAAAGUGAACAGUAAAACAAGCUCCAAAAUUUCAAAGAAACCACAGCUAGAAGCAUGCUACCUCUGUGGGAAGGAGUUCUUUGUUCACUCCCUGGGUAUACAUGAAACACAAUGUAUUAAGAAUUGGAAAGCCAACAAAACCCCAGAUGCCAAAGAUCAGAGUGUGUCAGAAAGGUCUAUGAGCAGGGGACAUCAAUGCAGUAACACAGGGGAAGAAACAGAGGUCGAUGUUUGUAUGCAGACAGAACAAAAAUCUAGCAAGAAAGGACAAAGUAAAACCCAAAAUGUGUCGCCAAAACUUGAACUGAAAACGGACUUUGAAAACAAUGGAGACCAACAAUCUAGCAAGAAAGAAGCAACUAAAAGUCAGAAUGCAUCUCCAAAACUUGAAAAGAAAACUGACAGUCCAAAGCAAAGAAGGUUAAAAACAAUUCCAUGUUAUUCAUGUGGUGUGGCAUUUCUGCCACAUUCAUUAAAAAUCCAUGAAAAGAAAUGUAGAGGUCAAUCUCAUGAUGUGAAUCACAGUAGCAUGGUUGAAAAAGAUGAUGCAUCUUUAAACCCUGGAGUGGAAAAUUCAACAUUGGAAGAAACUGAGGGAUUGCAGAAUGAAACUGAUCCACAGAGUGUUGAUGAAAGCAAUGAUAAUCCUGACCCAGAAAACAAUUCAUUUAAAACUUUUAUCUCAAAGAAACCUAAAACAAUUGUGUGUUAUAUUUGUGGUCAGGAGUUCCUCAAGUCAUCUUAUGCUUUUCAUGAAAAGAAAUGUGCUAGCACGAGCGAAAGCACAAAAAUAGAAGAACCACCAUUGGAAAACAGCAAGGUGAGCAACAGCCGAACUUCUACAAAACCUAGAACCAUCAUUUGUUAUAUUUGUGGAGAAGAAUUCUUGAAAUCAUCAUACUCUUUCCAUGAAAAGAAAUGCAGCAAUAAGGCUGUAAACUCACAAGAAAAAGGUACAGUUCCAGAAGCUAUCAAAGCCAACCAAAAUCAAGUUAAGAAUUCCCCGAAACCUCAAACAAUUGUUUGUUACAUUUGCGGCCAAGAAUUCUUGAAAUCCUCAUAUGCAUUUCAUGAAAAACAAUGUGGCAAAAGCAGAAAGGUGGAGGAGAAUUUGCAAAAUGAAAAAUCACCAUUGAAAGAAAAUGUUACAAGCAAGGAGAAACUGUCAAGUGACACACAAGUCGAAAGACCCCAGACUCCGCGGAGAGGACCAAAGACAAAAACAUGUUAUAUCUGUGGAAAAGAAAUCUUAUUGUCAUCAUUGAAAGUUCAUGAACAACAAUGCCAAAAGAAAAAUGAUAUAUUGAAAAGCAUCAAUCAGCCGAAGGCACAAAGUAAAAAAACAGGACGGCAAAGUGGCCCAGCAAAACUCAAGAGUGAGACUAAACCCAGGACAGAGAUGUGUUAUAUAUGUGGGGAAAGCUUUUUAUCAAGUUCUAUAAAGGUCCAUGAGACUCAGUGUGAGAAACGCUCAUGGUCAAAUGAAAAACCAUAG